AUGAUGAAUAAGACAGACAACGACUUGAUGUUUUCGAUGCAUAUCAAUGUUAAUCAUAUAUUAACAUUCUUAUUUGUUAUAAUUGCAAUUGUUGGCAUAUUGGGAAACCUUCUCGUGAUUAUCUCGGUCGAAUUCGAUGCUCGAAUGAGAAGAUCAUUAACGAACCAACUGAUCGUUCGCGUGGCAUCUUGUGAUUUUCUCAUUCUUGUUUUCAAUAUUCCUGAUUUAGUACAAUUUGUCUCAUCACCAGAUGGAAAUUGGGUUCUUAAUCAAUUGGCGUGCAAACUUAUUCGAACAACACUUGUUUUAGCACAAUAUGCGUCGGUGUUAACUAUGUGUGCACUAACAAUCGAAAGAUUCAUCGGAAUUGUUUAUCCACUCCGUUCGAAGUUAUUACGUGAAAAAGAACAUGUGACUGCGAUCACAUUUGUUGUAUGGAUAGUCUCAUUUGUUUGUGCCUCGCCAAAUUUGAUCUACUUACGGGUAUUAACUGAUCCAUUGUCCUCACGUCGCGCAUGUGUGCUUCAAUAUUCCAAAAUGAAUUUCGUGGAAAACCGACGUAGUUAUAUAAUUCAUAAAGCUCUCGAAUCAGUUUUAUUCUAUUUUCUUCCGCUGCUCUUGCAAGUCUUUUGUUAUGCAAGAAUUGCUCGACAGUUGUGCCAUGUUGACGAUGCACUACAAGCAUCUUUUCGUGCAGUUAUGAAAACAUCCACUCAGCGAACACAAGUCGAUAUUGAUGAUGAAGAUGAUUAUACUGACAAUGACGAGAACUCGGGUACCAAAUACACUCGCGUCGAUUCCAUUUCUCACUCACCGAUUCGUCGCUCCAAACAAUCACCGCAGCCUUGUGUGACUUACGUUCUUCAACGACAACCGUUCAAAACGUCUUACCCAAUACAUCGAACAACUGUCACCUACGAUGCAUUGAAAUCUCGUCGGAAUGUUAUCAAGAUGCUCUUUGUCGUUGUACUCAUUUAUUUCAUUUCCUUCAGUCCACAAGUGCUCGUUUUCAUCUUGUUCGAAACGACUCUCAUCCGUCAUGUGCCGCAAUUCAUCCAAACACCUUAUUUCAUUGCAUUUACCAUGCUUCUCGUCACGCUCAGUUCGGCAUCGAAUCCAAUAGUUUACGCAAUCUUUUGUUCGAAGUUUCGACAGAGUUUCGCCAAACUUCUGCGAAAGAUAUUCUGUUUCUGCCGCAAAGAGUUCGAUUACCGUUCAAACCACCGAGCUGUCUCAUUACAGCAAAUUCAAUCAUCCAAUCUUCGCGCGAAUGACAGAGUUUAUACCAACGAAAGAAGACAUUCGCAUACUAAUGGCAAACAACGAUCAUCCUCUUGA